AUGUCAUCAGCCACAAACCUGGACGAAUACUGGACGGAUGUUAACGACGAUAUGCAAACUCGAAUUAUUCCAACGACCUACACGAACGAAAAAGGAAACCUAUGCCAGCGAAUGUUUGACUCGUUUAAACGAGCACCAUCUUCUACAAGUGCUUCGUACGAAAUGAAGGUAACAACUUCCGAAGAGGAUCACAACGAUGAAGUCAAACAAGAAAGCAAUGGUUUGCAACGAAAGUUAAAAAGUCGACAUUUGCAGAUGAUUGCCAUUGGUGGAUCCAUUGGUACUGGUCUGUUUGUUGGUUCAGGCUUAGCUCUAGCAUCCAGUGGUCCCGGUGCACUGAUUCUCGAUUUUUCUAUCAUCGGUGUCAUGCUCUUCAAUGUUUGUAUGGCACUUGGUGAACUCAGUGUUGUAUUUCCUGUUUCUGGCUCAUUUGCUGCACAUAGCUCUCGUUUUCUCGAUCCUGCCUGGGGUUUUGCUAUGGGAUGGAACUAUGCUAUUGGUUGGCUACUUAUCAUGCCACUCGAGCUAACAGCGGCUGGACUGGUUAUUAAUUAUUGGACGACUUCGAUUAAUAUUGCUGUAUGGAUCACUAUCUUCUUGAUUGCGCUUCUCAUUAUCAAUUUAUUCGGCGUACGCGGAUAUGGAGAGAUCGAAUUCGUCAUAUCCCUAAUCAAGGUGAUUGGUGUGGUUGGUUUUAUUAUUCUUGGUAUCGUUUUAGUCUUUGGUGGUGGUCCUAAACAUGAAUAUUUGGGAGGAAAAUAUUGGCGUGAUCCAGGUGCCUUUGCUAAUGGUUUCAAAGGUAUUUGUUCCACAUUCGUUGUUGCUGCGUUUGCCUUUUCCGGCACUGAACUCGUUGGUUUAGCUGCAGCUGAGGCAGAUAAUCCUAGAAAGACGAUUCCACAAGCAACAAAACAAGUCUUUUGGAGAAUUUUGAUUUUUUAUAUUGGAUCAUUAACGCUUAUUGGUUGUUUGAUACCUUAUACAUCUCCACGUCUGUUGAAUAAAUCUUCAGAUUACGAUGCUUCUGCGUCACCCUUCGUUAUUGCCAUCGAAGACGCAGGCAUCUCAGUUUUGCCUUCGAUAUUCAAUGCUCUGAUUCUUUGUGCCGUACUCUCUGUCGGUAACUCUUCAGUUUAUGGUGCAUCUCGGACGCUAUGUGCACUAGCUGAGAAUGGUCAAGCGCCGAAGAUAUUCACUUAUAUCGACCGUAAAGGUCGGCCACUCUCCGCUGUUGUCUUGUCGAUGCUUUUUGGGUUUGUCGCUUACAUCAACUGUGCGGAAGUUGGCUCAAAAGUAUUCCAUUGGCUGUUGGCUAUGGGGGGUUUAUCCUCGUUCUUCACAUGGGGUUCCAUCUGUGCCUGUCAUAUUAUGUUUCGACUGGCGUGGAAAGCACAAGGUCACACAUUGGACGAACUGGCCUUUUUGGCACCAUUUGGUGUCUGGGGCAGUAUAAUAGGUCUCGUACUUAAUAUUCUCUGUCUUGUUGCUCAAUUUUAUCUAGCUGUAUUUCCACUCGAUUCCAGUCCCAACGCAGAAGAAUUUUUCCAAGCAUAUAUUGCUGUACCAUUCAUUCUUGUUUUCUAUAUAGUAUGGAAAGUAUGGAAAAAAACUCCAUUUAUGCGACCUAGCACUAUCGACUUGGAUACGGGAAGACGGCAAAUUGACACUCAACAGCUCAUUGAUGAAGAAAGAGCCGAACGCAUGGCAUGGCCGCGAUGGAAAAGAAUAUAUGACACUCUAUGCUAA